AGGACCGAAAUAUACAAAAUCAUAACCAUGUUGCGUUCGGUCAUGAUCCAUCGCCAACCGGCCAAGUAGGUGGCGGUAAAGAACUGAACGGGUAUUUGAAAAAUAGGAGAAGAAGAAACUGGGGUACAUUGCGUCAUCACUGUACGCCUGUGUUGUUAUUCUGAAUUGUCCUCACAUGACAACAGCCCCUGCCCAGAAAAGUUACUUUCUGCUUUUACUAUCCAGCGUUCAGACUUUUUCUUACGAGUGCCUUGAAAAAAUGACAUUGUGUUGCAUAGCAUACAACUGUCGUAGUAAGAGGGAAAAGGGCGUAGGAUUCCACAGAUUUCCGCACAACAACCCUAAACUUCUCAAAUUAUGGAUUGCCAAACUGAAAUGGAAGGACUGGACUCCAAGUCUCAAUACUCUGAUCUGUUCCAAACACUUUGAGGAAAAAUAUCUGAAUCGGACUGGGUGGAGACCACGCUUAAGACCAGGGGCGGUGCCCACCAUCUUCGACUUUCCUGAGUCCACCGGGCCAAGAAAGGCAAAUAUCAACCCACGCAGUAAACGAGCUACAGCUGAUCCCAGGCUCCUACAGGCUCUGCAAGAUGUACCAAAGUGGCGAAGGAAGAGGCAUGUGCAACAGAAGCCCAGAGAGUUCAACCAAGUUGCUGUCCUUACACAGCCACAACUGCAGCCACAGUCAGAGCUCCAGAAACCACAGGAAUCUCAGGCACAGAAGGAACCUCACACUGAGGCAGGGUCUCAGGCUCAGCCACAGCAGGAACCUCAGGCUCAGCCAAAGCCCCGUAAACUGCCUCCACCUAGAAAAUCCAAAAUUAAAAGAAGAUUUGUUAAACCAGUGAAACCAGAGGCCAGUGAGGAGACGCAGCGCAAAGCACCUGUAGCCAAGGCUUCUAUACUAUUCCCCUGGGCAAUUCAAGGCGACGCAAACAUGUUCAGAAGACGGACAUUGUCCAGUUUCUUCCACAGCCACUACUGUCUUCCACAGUCAUUUCACUGGCCAGGUGAUGCUGAAGCUAAUUUUGAGCCAUUGCUGCCCGAGAAGAGUGAGGCGUCAACCACCCCGCAUGUUAUAAAGGUCACCGAAAGAUGGCAGUGGCUUGGCUUGGAUUUCAGAGGCCCAUUACCAGAGACCAUGAACGGAGACCGGUUUCUCAUGACCGUAACCGACUACCACUCGAAGUGGGUUGAAGCUUUUCCUGUGACAUCCAUGGUCAGUCCAGAGGCGGCUGGAAUCCUGUGUGAUCUCUGUGGUCAGUUUGGCUACCCACUCGGUGUUCUCUCACGCCUGCACAGAACCAACAUAAGCAAAUUAAAUAGUAUGAUCCGCAAUCGGUUACAAAGGCAGGGGCUGGAGUACGACAGCUCUUUCAUUAUACACCACCGUCAGACUGCUUACCUGGAUCCUGUUUCAGAGUCUCUCAUCAACAGCAUGGUGUCUGAACUAGUGAAGGAGCACCCUGAGAACUGGAACAUGUACCUGCCAGGUGUUGUUAUUCGCCUGUGUUGCAGAGAACAUCCCACCAUUGGAAAGAGCCCUUUUGCCUGCAUGUACAUCAAAGAGCCCCGACCUGUCACCACUCCUAGAGACCUGCCAUUCUCUCCAGCCAUCGUUGAAGAUAGCUCCUUUGUCAUUGACUUGUCAGAGAAACCAGACAGCAGCCGUGAACAGACUGCAGGAUCUCACUUGACGGACGCAGUGGUAUCUGAAGAGGUGUGUGGAGAUGGAGAUGGAACCUCAAAUGGACAAGAGCCCGCAGAUAAAGAGGAGCAGUCAAACUGAGAGCCAAUGCUGUGCAGGACAAUCUUGACAUUCACUGGACACCGAUGUCUGUAUGUUAGCAGCUUGCUGGUUACAGAUGACUUCCCAGGGACUCUUAGUCACAGGUGUGUGGAAGAAUACCUGCUGUACAGUUUAGACUGUUUAGUAUAUUAACUGAGAGAGAUCCCUGAGAUGAUAGUUAAAGGGUUGACAUUGGUGGGUAAGAUUGAGGGUUCCCCUCUCAUUUGGUGUUGCUGCAUUUCUUUGUUAAAGCUAGUUAUUGCAAAGGCUUUUUUUAGAGUUAUCGAGUAACAGUCGGAAACUUCCCACCUUCCUGCAUAUUAUGAUGAGUUACUCAAUGCAAAUUGAAGUAUUUUCCAGGGUUUUACUUUCAUCUGUGAUGCAAGUUAAUGUGCUGUAUGCAAAAUAUGAGCAAAAUGUCAUGUGCUGUUGUAAUAUACUGUAUAUUUUGUAAAGUAAAGUAUCUAACAGAAA